AUGACAAUUGCACUAGACCUCGAGGAAGCCAUCCGAAUAGGACGAGAAGCCAUCGAUGCCACCCCGUCAGAUCAUCCCGAGCCGGCUAUGUUCUUGAACAACGUUGGGAAUCGUCUAGGCGACAGAUACGCACGGACUGGAGCGAUGGCAGACCUCGAGGGAGCCAUUCGUGUGACACGGGAAGCCAUCGAUGCCACCCCUCUACAUCAUCCGGACCGGGCUACAUUAUUGAACAACCUCGGAAUUCGUCUAGGUGACAGAUACUCGCGGACUGCAGAGAUAGCAGACCUCGAGGAAGCGAUCCAAGUAGGACGAGAAGCCAUCGAUGCCACCCCGUCAGAUCAUCCGGACCGGGCUAGGUUCUUGAACAACCUUGGAGUUCGUCUAGGCGACAGAUACUCGCGGAACGGAGCGAUGGCAGACCUCGAGGAAGCGAUCCGAGUUGGACGAGAAGCCAUCGAUGCCGCCCCUCUAGAUCAUCCAGACCGGGCUAUGUUCUUACAUAACAUCGGGGUUCGUCUAGGCGACAGAUUCUCACGGAACGGAGCGAUAGCAGACCUCGAGGAGGCUAUUCGUCUGACGCGGGAAGCCAUCGAUGCCACCCCUCUACAUCAUCCGGGCCGGGCUCGAUGGCUGAACAGCCUUGGAAAUCAUCUAGCCAACAGAUACUCACGGACUACAGAGAUGGCAGAUCUCGAGGAAGCGAUCCAAGUAGGGCAAGAAGCCAUCGAUGCCGCCCCUCUAGAUCAUCCAGACCGGGCUAGGUUCUUGAACAACCUCGGAAUUGGUCUAGGCGACAGAUACUCACGCACAGGCGCGAUGGCAGACCUCGAGGAAGCCAUUCGCGUGACACGGGAAGCCAUCGAUGCCACCCCUCUACAUCAUCCGGACCGGGCUACAUUAUUGAACAACCUCGGAAAUCAUCUAGGUGACAGAUACUCACGGACUGCAGAGAUGGCAGACCUCGAGGAAGCCAUUCAUAUGAUACGGGCAGCCAUCGAUGCCACCCCGCUAUAUCAUCCGAACCGGGCUGGGUUCUUAAUCAACCUCGGAAAUCAUCUAGGCCGUAGAUACUCACGGACUGCAGAGAUGGCAGACCUCGAGGAAGCGAUCCAAGUAGGACGAGAAGCCAUCGAUGCCACCCCGGUAGAUCAUCCGAACCGGGCUGGAUGGCUGAACAACCUCGGAAAUUGUCUAGGCCGUAGAUACUCGCGGAACGGAGCGAUGGCAGACCUCGAGGAAGCGAUCCAAGUAGGACGAGAAGUCAUCAAUGCUACCCCGGUAGAUCAUCCGGACCGGGCUACGUUCUUGAACAACCUUGGAGUUCGUCUAGGCGACAGAUACUCGCGGAACGGAGCGAUGGCAGACCUCGAAGAAGCGAUCCGAGUUGGACGAGAAGCCAUCGAUGCCACCCCGGUAGAUCAUCCGAACCGGGCUAGGUUCUUGAACAACCUCGGAAAUCGUCUAGGCCGUAGAUACUCGCGGAACGGAGCGAUGGCAGACCUCGAGGAGGCCAUUCGUCUGACGCGGGAAGCCAUUGAGGCCACCCCUCUACAUCAUCCGGACCGGGCUACAUUAUUGAACAACCUCGGAAUUCGUCUAGGCGACAGAUACUUACGGAAUGCAGAGAUGGCAGACCUCGAGGAAGCCAUUCGUCUGACGCGGGAAGCCAUCGAGGCCACCCCACUAGAUCAUCCGGACCGGGCUGGAUGGUUGAGCAACCUCGGAAAUCAUCUAGGCGACAGAUACUCACGGAAUGCAGAGAUGGCAGACCUCGAGGAAGCCAUUCGUCUGAUACGGGAAGCCAUCGAUGCCACCCCGCUAUAUCAUCCGAACCGGGCUGGGUUCUUAAUCAACCUCGGAAAUCAUCUAGGCCGUAGAUACUCACGGACUGCAGAGAUGGCAGACCUCGAGGAAGCGAUCCAAGUAGGACGAGAAGCCAUCGAUGCCACCCCGGUAGAUCAUCCGAACCGGGCUAGGUUCUUGAACAACCUUGGAGUUCGUCUAGGCCGUAGAUACUCGCGGAACGGAGCGAUGGCAGACCUCGAGGAAGCGAUCCAAGUAGGACGAGAAGUCAUCAAUGCUACCCCGGUAGAUCAUCCGGACCGGGCUAGGUUCUUGAACAACCUUGGAGUUCGUCUAGGCGACAGAUACUCGCGGAACGGAGCGAUGGCAGACCUCGAGGAAGCGAUCCGAGUUGGACGAGAAGCCAUCGAUGCCGCCCCUCUAGAUCAUCCAGACCGGGCUAUGUUCUUAAUCAACCUCGGAGUUCGUCUAGGCGACAGACACUCACGCACAAGCGCGAUGGCAGACCUUGAGGAAGGCAAGGAACGCUUCGUCGCUGCCUUGCGUCAGUCCGCCUCCGCUGUGAGCAUGCGUGUCGCAGCCGGCCGUCAUCUUCUGACAUCCCCAGCUAUACUUCAAGAUCGACAAGCAUACGCCAUUGCCAAAACGACGAUCGACUUGAUUCCCUUAUUGACGCCCCGUUCUCUGCAGAACUCAGACAAGCGGCACCUCCUCUCCGCGGCUGUCGGACUCUCGUCGGACGCGACAGCCAUUGCUCUGCAUGCCAACAGAGGCCCUGCUGCUGCUAUCGAACUGCUUGAGACUGGUCGUGGUGUCAUCGCGGGAGCCCUCUUCGAGCAAUCCGACCUUGCCGCUCUCGAACGCGAGCAUCCCGACCUGGUACGUUCCUUUAUCGACCUGCGAGAUCAACUGGACGCACCGGCGUCGGCUCGUUCCCUCGCUGCCGAGCGCCCCACUCUGGCCGCAGAGACGGAAGGCGAUCGGCGCCGCGACGCUGGACCCCAGCUUACCACUCUCCUCGAGACGAUCCGUUCCAAGUCCGGUUUUGAGCGAUUCCUCCUCUCCGCAUCGGAGGCCGAUAUGCUGGAGGCUGCGCGGCACGGCCCGAUCGUCGUCCUGAACGUGAGCUCGUAUCGCUGCGAUGCCUUGGUCAUUGAGCAGUCCGGCAUCCGAUUGCUGGAGCUGCCACACCUCUCCCGAGAGGCGCUCAACGACCAUGUCCGGGAACUUAGAACUCUUGACACGCUUGGGUGGCUCUGGGAUGCCAUCGUCUGUCCCAUUCUUAAUGCUCUAGGCUUUACUGGACCUCCUUCGGACAGUCAGUGGCCGCAAGUGUGGUGGGUCCCCACCGGCCCACUGACCCGGUUUCCACUCCAUGCAGCGGGACACCAUCUAAGGCGCACUGGCGAGACGGCGGUCGACAGAGUCGUCUCAUCGUACGCCUCGUCCGUCAAGGCGAUCAUACAGAGUCGGCGACGGCCACAGCACGCGCCGGAAGCCGGAGGGUCCCGAAAUGCCGUUGUCGUUGCCAUGCAGAACACGCCAAAACAGGAACCGCUCAAGCAUGCGAGCGACGAGGUUGAUGCCGUAGUAGCUGUUUGCGAGUCGGUGGGAUUGCCGCACACCCGGCCUCGACCCUGCAAGGCCGACGUCUCCUCGGCCUUGGAGGCCUGCAAGAUGUUCCACUUUGCUGGCCACGGCAGCACGCAUCCCACGGAACCGCUGGAGAGCCAGCUGCUCCUGGAUGAUUGGGAUCGGAAGCCAUUCACGGUGGCGAGCCUCCUGGAGACGAACCUUACCUCGAAGCCGCCAUUCCUCGCGUACCUCUCGGCAUGCGGGACUGGUCAGAUCCUGGAUGAGGGGUCUGUUGACGAGAGCAUCCAUCUGGCCAAUGCUUGCCAGCUUGCGGGGUUCCGUCAUGUAGUGGGCACGCUUUGGAGCGUAAAUGACAGGUUAUGUGUGGACAUGGCGAGAAUGACGUACGAGUUUCUGCGGGAUGAGGGUAUCCGGGAUGAAACCAGGCCAUCCGUGACCACAUCAAGAGAACUCGCAGUUUCUGGUGACAGCCUGCUCCCUGGAUGCUGGAUAAAGGAAAAUCCGUUUCGAGCACAGGUUAGCCGGAGCUCUGGGACGGGCGACGUUCCAUCUGCUGGUGUCUCCGCUGUCUGUGGGUCCGCCAGCCCACCUGCCGUUGCGGCGGUGCCUCCGCCGGAAGUGGGACUCAAUGCCGGGCCCGGGCUGGAUGCCACCCUUACACACCGAACAUAUCAGUACGCGCGACUCCUCGUGGAGAUACACAUCGAUUUCCGAUGGGGGCGCUCCGGCGUCGUCGUGAUGGUCUUCCAUGUCGGCUUCCUGACGUUGCCCGGCUGCGGUGCCUGGUCUCGCUGUAGUCGCUGUCGCGUUUCGCGUCUGGACGGUUUGUCUGCCAAUCUUAAUAUGGUGCACCUGGGGUUCAGAAUGAGUCCAAUGGCCCAAGCGCCCGGCCCCCUGUUGUAUGGCAGACACGCGCCAACUGGACAGCAACUGCCCGUGAAUGAUGGUCAGGUCGCAGAUACGACUCCACCUCUCUGGCCUAAACCUUUUGACGAAGCUGUUGAGGCUGUUCGAAUCAUCCAAAGCUCUCAUUCGACGAGCAGAGUAGUGCUUUGGGGCUGGUCUGCCGGCGGCCAUCUUGCGGCCCUUGUUGCCACCGCGUCGACGGUCACUGUUGAUCUUUUGAUCUUGGCGUAUCCUGUUAUAGUAAUGGAACUUCCUAUCGGCCAUCCCGGUUCCAGGAGUAAUGCUCUUGGUCCAGACCCUUCUGCACAACUGUGUCGCGAACUGUCAGCACAUACCCGAGUCACAGGCAUUACACCACCAACCUUCAUUAUGCACACGUCCAAUGACAAGGACGUCCCAGUGGAGAACUCCUUUCUGUUUGCAGAGGCUAUGGCAGAGCAUGACCGACCAGUAGAGCUUCUCAUCUUGGAACACGGCGGACAUGGUAUUAGGUUGUCUCCAUCAUGGAAGUCGGUUGUCAUGCAAUUCUUGAACGACUUUGCUUCAGGAAUGAGCAUCACUAUGAAGAAAAUCGAUAUCCAGGGCAUGAGAAAGUGCAAGCGCUUCGCAGCCAGAAAUUUCGAAUUUCAGCCAUCGGUAGUGCGAGUAAAAUCAAGCAUCGAGAUCAUUUGA